AUGGAGAGCUCUUCCACGGACGCGCACUCACAUCCGCAUGUACAAGAAGAAGCAGAAGCAGAAGUACAAUCGCAAGUGCAAGCGCCUGCUAGCGAGGGUGUGGAUUUUGCUCACAACCACAACCAAACUCAGGAUAAUCGCAAUCACCUUUUGCAGCAAUACCAUGUCAACUACGCCAAUUACAUCUCCAAUAAUCACUCGACAUCCACCACUCCAAGUCCGAAUGAUCUGCGCAAUGCUCUUGCUGAAAAUAUUUCAAACAUGAAUGCACAGCCAAAUAGACGGUACAGUGCAAACAAUUUAGAUUUUGACUAUAAAUUAGCAUCUCCCGCAUUACAUCAUCAUCAUCAUCAUUAUCACCAACAGCAACAACAGCAGCAGCAACAACAACAACAACAACAACAACUGAGAGUACCUAAUUCUUCAUCGCUCCAACAAAAUAGCCAACUUUGGAAUGUCAACACAGCAGCUAUAUCUCCAAAUAGAGAAGCAAUUGAUCCUCCAAGUGCGACCGGCCCUCUACCAUUGGCACCACCACAGCCACCACUUCACGUACUGCAUGCACCGCCUCCAGCAAUGUCAGCACUUCAAAACCAACAACAACACCAAAGGGGGUACUCGUUUGAUUUAGGUACAUUAUGGACGUCUCCCAAAAUGAGCAAUACUGUUGAUACAGCACAGGCUGCGAAUCAAUUAUGGGCUUCUACUACCAACAAGAAGCAACAGGCACCAAUUCAAAAGCCUAAUCAAAUUCAACAACAACAACAACAACAACAACAUCUUAAUCAUCAUUAUCAAAAAGAGCAACAGUUUUUAUUUUCAGGGCGUCCAUCUUUUGAUUCCUCUACUCUUCCGCAGAAAAAUUAUUGUCCAAUGCCGUAUGGGGGCCCUGUUUUAUCAUCUUCUUCUACAAUACCACCAACCCCUUCCAGUAAGAUUUUGUCAAAACAUGGAACGUACUCCUCCUUAUCUUCUCCGUUUGGACACCGUUCUGCAUCAUUUGGUGGGUUCACGCCUCCUCCCAAGGUUGCAGAAAAUACGGUAUCUGGUGUUGCUGGCGCCAACGCGGCUAUUAGUUCGGCGCCCAUAAAAGUUUAUGAACCGGUAACCAAUGAGAUAUAUGCGUCUCCUCCAGAUGUCUUUGGCGACCUGAGAAGACAUUCCUAUGCUGACGGUAUGUUUAUGGGUAGAGGGAGCAAUAUUGGUGGUGUUUUGAAUCAGAAUGAGUAUCUCUCAGCAAAUCCAAACCCAAACCCAAACUCAAGUCCAAAUCCAAAUCCAAAUCCAAAUUCUUCUCUUGGUGAUGUAAGCACUGCAAAGUUAGUUGAUGAAUACUUUGAACAGGACCCGCACGAACGUGUGAAAGUUACCAUGCAACUACUCAAUGAUCGUUUUUUUGAUGAUGAAAAAUUUUUGAGCGAGGCAUAUCAGUUGCCGAAAUUUCCUAUUGAAUCUUCGUUGCGAAACUUUCAGUUGGUCUUGGUUGGGUUCAAAGCCGGACGAAUUGAUGUGUUUUACUUGCAAACAGUAAUGCCUGAUGGAGGUGCCAACUUGUUGAAUAUUAAAUUGGGAGACUUGGUGAUUGUUGAAGCUGAUCGUGGACGCGAUUUGGGGAAGGUUUUUAAGAUGAAUGUUUCCAUCGACGAAGCAAGAUUGUUGAAGUUAUUACAAUUUCAAGAACAACAAGCUGCAUUGAAUGAACAUGUGGAGAAUAAUGUUUUUGAAGAAUUGGUGACACCAAGGACUACUAGUCACGAACCACGAAACCAAUCCCAAAACCAGUCGCAGAACCAAUCACAGAACCAAUCGCAGAACCAAUCACAACAACAAACUCCUUCAUUCCUCUCACAUCUGCAAAGUGCAUCCAUUGCACCACCAACUUUACAAUUUCCCAAAUCAAUUGUUGGGUUGGCUCAACCUAAUGAGAUUUUUCAAAUCUUGAACAAGAAGCAAGACGAAGAAAAGGCAUGUAGAUUGUGUUUGGCCAAGAUUGCAAAUUCCACCAGCGGUUGUCUUAUGAGCGGUGCACCCAUCUCACCAACAACUCAAGAUUUAUUACAGAUGAAGUUGAUUGAUGCUGAGUACCAGUUUGAUCGCAAAAAGUUGAUCUUCUAUUACUCUACCUCUAAGCGGAUCGAUUUUAGAGAUCUUGUGCGAGAGUUGUUUAGAAUUUACAAGACAAGAAUAUGGAUGUGUGCAGUUAUCGGUAUUCCAUAUCAGACAACCAUGGCAUCAGCAGCAGCAGCAAAUGUCAGACUCUCCAGCAGCCCUUUGGCUGCUACUGGUUCAGAGUCGGAAAUGGGAUUUUGCAAGGGAAACGCAACAGAACAAGUACAAGUACAAGUACAUUCCCAAACACAAGCAAAUGCAAAUAAACACGAUAAACUGUUUGUACAAGCCAAUUGGAAUCAUCAACAACAUCAGCAGCAGAACCACAAGAGUCAACAACAGCUUAUGCAAAACACAUUCGGGUUUGAUUUAGAAAGGAGAAAAAGUAUGCAACAACAACAUCCUAAUUAUGGAACUAACUCUCACCAAAUACUAUACCCAGGGCACCAAUGGGCCCAGCUACAAUCGAGGCAACAACUGCAGCAACAGCAACAACUGCAGCAACGGCAACAACUGCAGCAACGGCAACAACUGCAGCAACAAGAACAACAGCCUUAUAUUCAACCCAACUUGAAUUCUCAAAAUAUGCUUUCGUCAAGGAUGGAGAAUUAUUCUAAAAACUUCAGUGAGCUCAAGCAACAACUGCAACAGAACCUAAAACAAAAACAAGUUAUUUGGGGUAAGAAUAAUCAGCAGAAACUGGACUCUUUAGCAGAUGCCAAUCCAGUACACCAACAAGCACAACAACAAGUUCGUGAGCAGUUAUUGCACAGAAGAAAGGCGUUAGUGCAUGACCAAUUGUCAAAUGGAGGUGACAACACUGCUGCAUUUUCUUCAUGUGGUGCUGCUGACACUGAUGAGAAAUGUGGCUCUGACACGCCUACCAAUAAUCUGCAGAACUGCUCCGAUGAAAGGUUGGUGUUAAAGAGUUUGGUUGACUCAAUGAAUCAUUAA